AUGCCACACAGCCGUGAUCUAGCAGGCGACAGAGCAGGAGAACAGGUGGAACCGAAGCCAUGCUUCUGCAGUUGUCCUCGCUGUAUCCCUUGCUUUAUGUUCUUCCUGACAUUUGGAGUUGGCUUGAGCUGCCUUUUCUUCAUGACGACCGGGGGGUUGGUCCUCUGCAUCCUUCACUGUUCGCUCGGCUGUUUUCUUGUGCUGAUCCCUUGUGGAGCUCGCAAAAGCCCUGAGCUGCUAUGUGCUAUUGUAGCCCUAAUCAGCAAUUUGGCUUACUUGGCCCUGGUCCUCUCCACCUUGGCAUACGCUGUGUACCUGCUGGGACUGAACUCCCUUGCAGAAGACGCAAGAUCUCGUACGACUGGAAGUCCCCUACAUGAAGCGCUCCUUGAUCUUUAUGCACGCCAAGGACAAUUGGAAACUUCUGGCAGCGAUGAUAGUGCUGAAGGACCCAUGGAAGAACAGUCCCAAGGGUUCUCCAGUGGAGAGCCCCCGAUGUCUACGGUGCUUUUAACGUUCAAGACAGUACCUUCCAUCGCCAUUCCAUCAACUUUGGAACCCGAUUUACGUAAGCUCGUCGAGCAAGCACUUCCCCAGAGUAAGCCACUACUCUCAAAAAGCAAUUCAGCAAAGGCCGCGGGGGAACAGAUGCUCAACAUUUCACACACAAUUGCGGACACUCUGAAGUACGCCCCAAGUCACCCGUAUCUGCAGCCUUCCAUAGGCUUUAGUGGUGAUCAGCUGAUUUCUCCGGCACAACAGCACUUCGGGAAGUUUCUACCCAAGGAGCCACCGUCCACCAGUGCCGAGCUUCCUGUCCGAAGUCACAGAGCUUUCUGGUUUCCUCAAUUCACAAGGGGUGACUUGAAUUGUCUCGAAAAGAUGCAAUCGGGCACUGGAGAGGUAUCCGGUGCAAUGCUCCGAGCGCACGUGUUAAUGGAUUGGGGUUUGUUCUGUGGCUACACCCAGUACAGCGUGGGUGUGUUAAGAAAAUGGCCUGUCAGCUGUAAAGCCGACUGUCUCUUUGAUAAACUUCAGUUCUCCGGCUACGAGAAACAAGCUGGAGAGGCUGAAGAUCAAGGCGCACUCUUUGUAGUGGAGGUAAACACCAUGAGCAGAGAACAGGCACUACAGUGUACGGCGUUGGCAGUUGCUACAGCCUGCAGAAUAGAGGAGCACCAUUUACAGUAUGGCGCCAUUGGCGCCCUUGCUGUGGCUCUGCUGGGCUGCAUUUCCCUUUUCGGAUGCGGUCUUUACCGCCUCUCUGAAAGUACAGCGAACAUUAUGCAGGCCAAACGGAAAGUCCCAAGCAGAAGAUAA